CACCAGGCCCCCGUCCCUGGGAUUCGCCAGGCAAGAACACUGGAGUGGGGUGCCAUUGCCUUCUCCAAUGAAAAGCUACCCAGAACCAAAUCUGGCUAAGGAAGCCAGGAAACAGCAAAUGAGAGGUAAGAACAGACAAAGUUCCAUUUUAGUCACUGAACAGGAGAAAACCUACAUGGAAAUAAAAUUUCAAAAUGCUUCUCACUAUCCUCAAUGGAAUGACAGGAACUGCCAGUGCAAGUAUCUACCAUCACCUAGAGAGAAGUUUGUUGCUGUGAUCCUGGGAAUCAUCUGUUUUGUCUUGAUGUAUACUGUAGUUAGAAUGAUAACUUCUAUUCCAUCUACUCUAAUAGAGGAACAGAAUAACUCCUCUUGGACAACAAGGCUCCAGAAAGAAUGCCAUUGUGGUCGUUGUCCAAAAGACUGGUUUACAUAUUCCAACAACUGCUAUUAUAUUACUUUUGAAGAAAAAACAUGGAAUGGGAGUUUGACAGCCUGUGCUUCUAGGAACUCUACUCUGCUUUAUUUAGAUAAUGAAGAGGAAAUGAAAUUUCUGAAGUCCCUAUCAGUUAUGUCAUGGAUUCCAGUCUUUCGUGAAGGCCAUGGUCAUCCGUGGAUGUGGCAAAAUGGCUCAACUUGCAAACUACAGAUAUUAGACAUAUCACCUGAGAAAAGAAACUGUGCAGUGCUAUCUUCGGAGAUAAGGUCAGAUGACUGUGAAUCCCCAAAUACGUAUACUUGCAAGCACAAGCUUGAGAAUUAAAAAGUUACAUGUGGAAUCUUAGUUUCCCAACCAAGAAUCCAACCUGCACCCCCCACACUGGGAAGCACAGUCCAAACCAUUGAACUGCCAAGGAAAUCCACUUAUCAUGUUUUACAUUUUUCAAUAUGGACUUUAGAAAGAUGGUAACCAUAACCCU